UUCAUUCCAGUGCACAUGGAAAGGCAGAGGAGCUGCAACGAUACGCGCUCAGAUGGUGAAAUGCGCUCAGGGAUUUUACGCGUAAACCCACUAUAAGGUGAUUUUACGGGACUUACACUGGGACCGCUUUAUUAUCGGACUACAACAAAAUGCUAUUUGAGGAGCACUUGACAUUUAAACAACUAUUGUCCGUAUAGGGAUUUCACUGUGUGCAACAUCUAUAAACGGACACGCAUGUUAUGAAAAAUAAGGAGCGUAUAUUCAUUGGAUGAGUUUUAUCUUCCAUCAGCGCAACUUUAAACAUUUUGAACAUCUGCUAUUGGAUAACAUGAACUAAAAAGUGUCUAUAUGUUCAGGAGUUUGUGUUUUAUGGAAAUAUAUAGCUGAGAAGAGCAGAUCUGAAGUUGGAGAAGAGGGUCUAUGAAGUCGGACUGAGGGUCUGAGGGAUUUUACAAAAACCUCCGAAGUCUCUGGUUUAUGACAAUGGAUUAUUUGCUGGUUUUAUGCAGUUUUUUGCUGCCUCUCUCCUCGGCUGUUGAAGAAACACUGAUGGACACCAAAUGGGCCACGACCGAACUCGCCUGGACUUCGCAUCCUGAAACUGGGUGGGAAGAAGUAAGCGGUUACGACGAUGCCAUGAAUCCCAUUCGAACAUACCAAGUGUGCAAUGUUCGUGAGCUCAACCAGAACAACUGGCUUCGCAGUGACUUCAUUCCUCGUAAGGAUGUUCUCCGUGUGUACGUUGAGAUGAAAUUCACAGUACGAGACUGCAAUAGUAUUCCCAACAUUCCGGGAUCCUGUAAAGAGACCUUCAAUUUGUUUUACUACGAAUCCGAUUCGGAUUCGGCCACGGCCACCAGUCCAUUUUGGAUGGAGAACCCUUACGUUAAGGUGGACACCAUUGCUCCUGAUGAGAGCUUUUCUAUGUUGGAAUCCGGCCGGGUCAAUACAAAGAUUCGUAGCUUUGGUCCCCUCUCCAAGGCUGGUUUCUACCUGGCUUUCCAAGACUUGGGCGCAUGCAUGUCUUUAAUCUCUGUCCGGGUGUUUUACAAGAAGUGUUCCACAACUAUUGCCAAUUUCGCAGUCUUCCCUGAGACAGCAACAGGCGCUGAAGCCACCUCACUAGUCAUUGCCCCGGGCACCUGUGUACAUAAUGCUCUCGAAGUGUCCGUCCCUCUCAAACUCUACUGCAAUGGAGAUGGAGAAUGGAUGGUUCCUGUGGGUUCCUGCACGUGCAUGGCCGGGUUUGAACCUGCAGUUAAGGAUACACAGUGUCAAGCUUGCAGUCCAGGCACGUUUAAGUCCAAGCAGGGUGAAGGUUUCUGCACCCCAUGCCCACCCAACAGUAGAACAAGUUCUGGAGCCGCCAGCAUUUGUUCAUGCAGGAACGGCUACUAUCGGGCAGACAAUGAUUCACCUGACUCGGGAUGUACUACCGUGCCCUCAGGUCCACGCAGUGUCAUCUCCAGUGUGAACGAGACAUCGCUGGUGCUCGAAUGGAGCGAGCCUCGUGACCAAGGAGGAAGAGAUGACCUUCUCUACAACGUAAUCUGUAAGAAGUGUCUGCCCGAGCGCGGUACCUGCACACGAUGUGAUGACAAUGUGGACAUCUCUCCCCGGCACCUUGGCCUGACCGUGAGACACGUUACUGUCAGAAACCUACAGGCUCACACCCAGUACAGCUUUGAGAUUCAGGCUGUCAAUGGAGUCUCCAACAAGAGUCCCUACACACCCCAGUUUGCAUCUGUUAACAUCACCACUAACCAAGCUGCUCCAUCUGCAGUUCCUACAGUCCACCUGAUGGGGGCCUCAGCCAACACUAUGAGUCUCUCCUGGCUCCCUCCUGAAAAACCAAACGGCAUCAUCUUGGAUUACGAGAUUAAAUACCAUGAGAAGGACCAGGGAGAAGCUAUUGCCCACACAAUGACUGCCCAACGCAGCUCAGCGCGCAUUGAGGGUUUGAAGCCCGGCACACCGUAUGUUGUGCAGGUUCGGGCACGAACAGUGGCUGGGUAUGGACGAUACAGCAGCCCUUCUGACUUUAACACCAACCACCAGGCCGAAUCAGACAAGACUAUACAGGAACAGUUGCCGCUUAUUGUGGGCUCUCUGACGGCUGGCCUGGUCUUCAUCAUUGUUGUUGUUGUCAUUGCAAUAGUCUGUCUCAGGAAGCAACGCAAUGGAUCAGAAUCGGAAUACACUGAGAAACUGCAACAAUACAAAUCCCCAAUAGUCACUCCGGGAAUGAAGGUCUACAUUGACCCCUUCACCUACGAGGACCCAAAUGAGGCCAUCCGCGAGUUUGCCAAAGAAAUUGACGUUUCCUGUGUGAAAAUCGAGGAGGUCAUUGGCGCAGGUAACCAACAACACAAGCUCCUGAGCAACAGGGGGAAGACAGCUAGGCACACCCUGGCCAUACCUUUAGAGGACUUCACUUCAAGCGGAGAGUUUGGAGAAGUAUGCCGCGGGCGUCUGAAGCUCCCUGGGCGUCGUGAGAUUAUUGUUGCCAUCAAGACUCUGAAGGCAGGCUACACCGACCGUCAAAGGAGAGACUUCCUGAGUGAGGCCAGCAUUAUGGGUCAAUUUGACCAUCCCAACAUUAUACGCUUAGAAGGGGUGGUGACCAAGAGCCGGCCAGUCAUGAUUGUCACUGAAUUCAUGGAGAAUGGAGCGCUGGAUUCCUUUCUCCGGCUAAAUGAUGGCCAGUUCACUGUCAUCCAGCUGGUCGGUAUGUUAAGAGGCAUUGCAGCUGGCAUGAAAUACCUGUCCGAUAUGAACUAUGUGCACCGUGACCUGGCAGCUCGUAACAUCCUAGUUAACAGCAACCUAGUGUGCAAGGUGUCCGAUUUUGGCCUUUCUCGCUUUUUGGAGGAUGAUCCCACGGACCCCACGUACACCAGCUCAUUGGGAGGAAAGAUCCCAAUUCGCUGGACAGCUCCUGAAGCCAUUGCUUACAGGAAGUUCACCUCAGCUAGUGACGUGUGGAGCUACGGGAUCGUCAUGUGGGAGGUGAUGUCAUACGGCGAGCGUCCAUACUGGGACAUGAGUAAUCAAGAUGUGAUUAAUGCAGUCGAGCAGGACUACAGGCUACCUCCACCCAUGGACUGCCCUACUGCCUUGCACCAACUCAUGUUAGACUGCUGGGUUAAAGAAAGAAACUUGAGACCCAAGUUCUCCCAGAUAGUCAACACCCUGGACAAACUUAUUCGCAAUGCCGCCAGCCUUAAGGUGGUCACCAGCACACAUUCUGGGGCCUCCCAGCCUCUUCUUGACCGCUGUGUGCCUGACUACACCACCUUCACCACUGUGGGCGACUGGCUGGACGCCAUCAAGAUGAGCCGUUACCGUGACAACUUCCUAAAUGCUGGUUUCGCUUCCUUUGACCUGGUAGCCCAGAUGACUUCAGAAGAUCUGCUACGGAUAGGUGUGACAUUAGCCGGCCAUCAAAAGAAGAUUCUCGGGAGCAUUCAAGACAUGAGACUUCAAAUGAACCAAACGCUGCCCGUCCAGGUCUGAGUUACAUCGGGCUGCAGAACUGUUUUACAGAGGAGCCAACGGACGACCCCUGACGCCUGAUCAUCUCCGCUAAUCGGAUGAAACCGGCUCGCAGUGCCUCGGACAACUUUUCUUUCCAUGUUCCUGUUACGACUGCAUUAUUUUACACCCAACAGGAUUAGAUAAGAUUAUUUUGUACUUAUUUUUAAGAAUGGAGAGGAGAACCUGUAUCCCAUGCAUGCCUCACAAGGCUCCAGUAUGGGGUGGCAUUUGCAUGCGUGCGUGUGAUAUUUUCUUUUGUGAGGCUGGCUGGGACACGCCGUAUCUCCAAAGCCUCCCACAAUGCAUUUCUCCCCAAAAACGGAUUUUAAGGGGAAGACUCUCCGGACUGAAAGCUGACGUUGGAUGAGAUACUCCUCUUAUAAUAUGCGUAACUUGAACAUACAAGACAAAAAAUAAGUGAAUAUACAUACAGUGGACACAUAUGCGCAGAAAUCCCUCCAGUGCUAGCAGAUGAUUUAUUGUGUGUGUGACUUUGUGCAUAUUCCCCAUCUUCAUAUUGAAGAUGUUUUAUUUAAAGGCACAUGCCUCAAACAAGAGGGUAAGCCACAGGCGGGGACGGAGGAUCUCACAGGACCCCGAAAUGUCCACUAGGUUUAAACUAACAGAAGGACUUCUUGGAAUAUACCUGGUGAACUCAGGAUGCUCAGAUGUGUUUUUCACUACAGUAGAUGUUUUCAUUUUUUUUAUGCUCUUCCUUUACUCUGCUUCAGUUGCUGUUCCAUGUUGAGUUGACAUUUAGCAGGUCAUCAAUCAUUAUAUCAGGAUUUCUUUAGCAGUUAGGACAAAGGUCAGUGAUAAGUACACUGCAAAAAUAUUUUUCUUAAUAAGUAUGUUUACCUUGUUUCCUUUAUCUAAGCAUACUCAAAGCACUGUAAAAAAAUAAUAAGUUUAGGUAUUUUUGUCAUAUCAAUAUAUAUUUUUAUGAUACUUUAACUUAACAAAUUAAGUUAAACAAUUUCAACUUGUUUUAUAAGUUAUAUCACAAGUCAAAACUUAAAAUAGUAGAUUGAAUUGACUUGCAAAACUAAGUUGUUUUAAGUUCAUGCUUCAUUGGAAAAUUGGUAAACAUAGUCGACUGCAAUGUAACCAAGUCAAUUUAGUUGAAAUGAGACAGAAGUACUGAUUAAGAAAAUGAGUUUUUGCAGUGUUUAAGGUGUAAAUCACUGGACCAUCCCUAAAAUUACUUAGUAUGUGUGUCUGAAUGUUUUAAUGUGUACGAUUGUGUAUUUGUGUGUAUGUGUGUGUGUAUGAAAUAGAGAGAACUUUGAAUGAUGCACAUGAACGUGUCAGGUGUGGUGGAAAACUAAGGCAUAAAACGAAUUGUGACAAGGAGCUAUACAUACACAGCAUAUAUAAAUACCUAUAUGUAACUUAAAAUAUAUAAUUAUAUUUUAUUUUAAUUUCCCACGCGGUCAAAAAAAAUUAUUGAUUUAAUUUUCCCCCCAAGUCACCCUUCCAACAACAAUGUAUUAAAAUGGUUUGAUUUAAAUUUUUAAGCCGCUGACAUUCUUAACAAAUGGUAACAUUUUGUAACAAACGGAAAACAAAUACAAAAUAACAAUAGACACAUUGUAGAAACAUUUGGCAUGGUGACAUGAAACCUCAGUGUUUCUAUGAUCACAGAGGAAGUUCAUUGUAAUUGUUGUGAGAGAAAUGAAUAGGUGUUGAACGUAUAAUCAAUGUGGGGCCGAUCCCAAGUAAAUCUCUGCUAUAUUAAAGCUAAGCCUUUCCGUCACCAUUACAAAGCAAGAUCGUGCCAAUUCUCGAUAUUCUAUUGUAAAGUUCAUUCAUCGAACAUUUUGUUCAUAUUUUUGAACUCCAGGAUUUCCGGAGGUUUCUUCUAAUGAGAGUUUUGCUUACAAUGGUAAACACGCUAGAGCUUAUAUGACAAACAGGAUACGUUAUAAUACUUCCUAAAACAGUCAAAAUAAUUGUCUUCCAUAUAGUUUCCAAAAAUCCCAGUUCAGGCAGUUUACUCUUUUUGCACAUAUAUAAUAUGAAUAUAUUUAUAACCAUUAGGAUGGCAGAGUUUAAUGUAUUAAAACCCAUCACAUACAGUAGGUUUCUGGACUAUUGUACUGCAUCUUGUGCACAGUAUCCGAACUCCUGUGUUUGUUGUUCUUUUUUAAAAGCAAAUGUUUUAUAAUUUGAAUGAUUAUAAAGUUCCCCCUAUUUUCUCCAAGAGCUCCAUGUAAAAAUGUAUAAAAAUGCUGAAUUGAUUUAUCUAAACUUUGCAUUGUUUGGAGAAAUAAUUCAAAUGUUUGAAAGCUCUUGAGCUUUAUGAGCAUCUGCACUGCUUAUGUUUAAGAGGUAAACUUAGCUGCUUUUGUCACAUUCAAUAUGACAGUGUAUUCUCUCAUAACCGGAUAUGAAUGUGUGAAUGUUUGUAUGUUUCAGUAUGUUAGUGUUUGGUAAAGGUGCUACCGUCGUUUCUUUUAUUGAAGCAAUUUUGGAACAGAACUUGCAUGAUUUCGGUUCAGUAUACUUGUGCCAAUAGCCUCCCAACAUCUUCUCUAUCCUCCACUCCUACAAAAUCUAUAUUUUCCUUUUUCUGAGUUAUUCUUUUAUAUUAAAAUCGAGCAAAAAAAAAUCUUUUUGUUGUUCAAGCAAGUAAAACUCAUCACAUCGCAAAAUCACUGAACUGAAACAGCAAAUUGUCUUCUGAGUGCUUGUACUUAUACUGAGGAAAGCAACACAUUUCAUGAUCAUUAUUGUUUCUCUUUCUUUAUUUUUUGAAAGCAUUGAGAUGUAUUUAAUGGUGAAGACAAACAAACAAACGAACCAACAAACAAUUAAAUAAUGCAUUCUUGUAGAAAUAUUUUUAAAAAACCCUUUUGCAAUUAAAUUAUUUAAGAAAUA